AUGCUCGCCGUCCUCGCCGUCCUCGCCCCUGCAGUCCGAGCUCAGGUCGAAGCAACAACCACCGUCUCAGCUUCGGCCAUCACCGUCCCGCUUCCCGUCACAAUCACAGUCUCGCCGGCUUCCCACUCUUGGGCGAUAGUCUCUGCCACCACUGCCUGGGCUGCCUCACACUCCGACUCGGGGUCCUGGGCCCACGGCCCGCCGGCGGGCGAUAUCGCGGCGAUCGUGCUCGGCGUAGUUGUUGGAUUGCAGUUUAUUGCUAUCCUCCUGAUGCUGCUCUGGAUGCGGAGGAUUCGGCGGCGUCUCGCUGUUGCACAGGCGCAGCGGCCUAGUGAGGUACACGUUUGGCAUAAUAAGUCAAUGGAAAUCGAGAAGGACAAGGUGUGCGGUUGGUGUGUCAAGGAUGGCCGCUAG